AUGAGUGAUGCAUGUGAUGCAUGCUCACGUCUUGGGUUUCAAUGUUCAUUUACCCAACCAGCGGUAUUGGAUGGGGAGCAGACAAACACUACGCCUACCCCUCGGAAGAGAGGAGCGCGAGCCUGUGAUACCUGCAGAUUACAGAGAUCAAAAUGCUCUGGAGAAAGCUCGGGCUGCGAACGUUGUGUGAAUUUAGGCCUUCGCUGCCAUUAUUCGCUAUCAGUUCGUAGGUACAAAGCAGCCGACGUCAGGCGAAAUAGUACUCUAUCGGAAGAAAGUAUCCUCCCCCAGCGCUCACAGAGAGACCAUGGUUUCGGCAGUCCAAGAUCUACUGGAGAAUCUCCACAGAAAUCUCUGGAGGUAAUCUUGAGGUGUGAUAGGGAAAUCGCACGGCAGCAUGUUGACGCCUACUUCAAGUACAUAUAUCCCAUACCGUUGUUUAGUUUCCUACAUCACGCGGAUUUCUUACGCUGCUACGUACAGGGGAAGUUGUCCCCGGCCUUACUUCUUGCCGUGUGCGGAGCAGCAUCGCGAUUUAUUGGACGGGCUAGCAAACAUCCAGAAAGAUCCAAAGUUUGGAUUGAACGAGCAGAGGUUAUGGUGUUCCAAACUUUGGGGAAACCAACUAUUGAGAUCAUUCAAGCGUUGAUGAUUGUUUCCCUCUUCCACGCUCACAACCAUCAGAACAGCAAAACUUUCCAUUACUUUGCUCUCUCAGUUCGGAUGGCACUGUAUCUUAAAUUGCAUAAAGACGAACAUGGACUUUCUUUCGUUGAGGCAGAAUGCCGACGUCGGCUACUCUGGAGUAUGUUCAUACAAGACCGUUUUCAUGCAGGCGGUAUCCCCGAAUACAUCUUGCUUCCAGUGUCCAUUCUAGAUCACAUUCGACUUCCUUGCGUUGACCAGUAUUUCAAUGGAGAUAUAGCGGUCACGACCACGACUCUUCAUGCAUCAGUAGACCCCGAUGCGGCGUUCUCGAUGUCUGCAAUGCUUCUGCGUCUUUUCGAUAUCCGCAAUCGGAUCCUUCAGUACACAAAACCUUUAUUGGACAAUUCAAUCAGCCCUGAGAUGUCUCUCCCACAAUUCCAGUCCUUCGAACAGGAGCUAGAUCUGUUUAGUUGCUCUUUGCCUCCAGAGCUUCAAUUUAGUGUUCGGGAGUUCCAGCUUCGAGCUUUCUCACCAGAAAGCACAACCUUUAUUGUUCUUCAAAUCUAUUAUCAUCACUGUCAUUGUGAGCUUUAUCGACUCCUCAAUCCUGGAUAUCGUGAGGCUCUUCCUCACUCUAUCGUUCAGUCAACAUCUGCCGAAUUCGUUGCAUAUGCACAAAGCAAAUGCCUCGAACACGCAGUUUCCAUAGGAGAAAUUGUUGUAACGAUUAACGGUCUCGCCGGAGGAGGCCCAUUCGUUACGGAUACCAGCUGUUUCGUGGCCCUGUAUCAAGCAUCCUGCGCAAUUCUC